GAGGCCGAAGAGCGCUCGCUGCAGCACAUGCUGCGCGCCAUAGCGGAGGAGCGCGGCCGCCUGAGCCUGCGCCGCGAGGUCUGCGGCCUCGGCUGCUUCAAGGACGACCGCGUGGUGUUCUGGACGUGGAUGUUCUCCGCGUACUUCAUGGAGAGGAGGGCUCCGCGGCAGGACGACCUGCUUUUCUACGUGCGGCGGGGACCGGCCUGCGGGGGCUGCGAGCGCACCGUUGACGGCAGGAAGGUGCCGGAGGCCGAGCCUGAGGUGGAGGUGGAGGUGUAUCGGCGGGACUCCAAGAAGCUGCCGGGCCUGGGAGACCCGGACAUUGACUGGGAAGAGAGCGUCUGCCUAAACCUCAUCCUGCAGAAGCUGGACUACAUGGUGACCUGUGCAGUGUGCACGCGUGCCGAUGGAGGGGACAUCCACAUCCACAGGAAGAAGUCCCAGCAAGUGUUUGCAUCCCCCAGCAAACACCCCAUGGACAGCAAAGGGGAAGAGUCCAAGAUGAGCUAUCCCAACAUCUUCUUCAUGAUCGACAGCUUUGAGGAGGUGUUUAGUGACAUGACUGUGGGGGAAGGAGAGAUGGUCUGCGUAGAGCUGGUGGCCAGCGACAAAACCAACACGUUCCAGGGUGUCAUCUUCCAGGGCUCCAUCCGCUACGAGGCGCUCAAGAAGGUGUAUGACAACCGCGUGAGUGUGGCUGCUCGCAUGGCUCAGAAGAUGUCAUUUGGUUUCUACAAGUACAACAACAUGGAAUUUGUGCGCAUGAAGGGUCCCCAGGGCAAGGGCCAUGCUGAGAUGGCAGUGAGCCGUGUGUCCACAGGUGACACAUCCCCCUGUGGCACUGAAGAGGAUUCCAGCCCAGCUUCCCCCAUGCACGAGCGGGUGACCUCCUUCAGCACCCCUCCCACCCCGGAGCGGAAUAACCGGCCAGCCUUCUUCUCCCCGUCCCUCAAGAGGAAGGUGCCUCGAAACCGCAUCGCAGAAAUGAAGAAAUCCCACUCAGCCAACGACAGUGAAGAGUUCUUCCGGGAGGAAGACGGAGGAGCCGACCUGCACAAUGCUACCAAUCUACGGUCUCGAUCCCUGUCUGGCACGGGACGGUCCCUGGUCGGGUCCUGGCUGAAGCUGAACCGAACCGAUGGCAACUUCCUUCUCUAUGCACACUUGACCUAUGUCACCUUGCCGCUGCACCGGAUCUUGACAGACAUCCUGGAAGUGCGGCAGAAGCCCAUCCUGAUGACCUAGUGUGCGUGGAGCCCGCACGGAGCCCCGGCCCUGCCUGGCCCUGGGAGUGCUGCCAAGUGCCUACCUGUCACCGCCAUCGCCACGGGGUCUUCUAUGACAAGCCAGCGCCGGAGCCACAGCCAGGCGGGGCCACUGGACUCCCUGGGCCAGGGCCAACUCCAUGAACACCAGCCCAAACUGAAGUGCCUCGUCUUCCUCCCUUGCUGGCUCUGCCCCCAUGCUGUGCCCUUGCCCGGCCCCUCCACCCAUCCUGGAGAACCCUCUGCACCCCAAAUUGGCCACAGAGCACGAGGAGUCGCCAGCUUCCAGAAUGUGCCCAGCUGCUGUCUGACCAGCAGGGAAAAGGCACCUGCUGGGGCCCUCAGCCAGUCCACCUGUCCACACUCCUUCCUCAAAAUCAGUUGACGAUUUUGUACUGCAGUACUGGUGAAUUUCAGUGCCGAAGUCAGUUCCAAUUUGUCUGUCUUUAGUCACCACUUUGACACAGCGGGUUCCGGCCAGGAGAAUGUGAGCUGCUUGGCAGCUUCCUGGGCUGGAAAUACCUCCCCCAUGCCAGUUCCUGACCGGCCUCGACCUCGUGCUGAGCAGGCCCUGAUCCCCCAGAAUGGCCUUUGCUUCCAGCCAAAGAACACCACCACACACGCCUCCACCGGGGACACCUCGCACUGGCCUGGCUGGAGGGUUCUGAGGGCAGGUGGGAGGGCACUUCUGCUGCUGAGGGGUGUCUGAUGGGGACUGGCCAGAAUGUUCUAGGCAGAGCCAUGCUGGCGUGGAGUUGGCACCACUUCUCUGCCCUGGUUUCCUGGAGCCUGUUCUCUUUGGCUAGUGUGCUGGUCCUGUCUCUGACCAGCUCCCUAGGCAGAGGAGUGGGCACUGCACCGGGGGUUAUGAACAGCCCGAGGGCAGCACACUGUGCUUUUGUGAGCUGAGGCCUUCCCUGCCCACCUGGCAUUAACUGGAAGCUGGGCCUUCUUUUUCUUUUGGGUUUGACAUCCUGGAAGACUUGGGCAGGAGCACAUCUCCAUCUGGCUCCAUUCUGUGGGCUCUGGGCUUGGGGACUUUGGGGUUUUCUCCAGAUUUUGUAUGUUGUUAUUAAAAGCGAGCUAUUGCAUUUCA